UAUCAAUAAACAGAUCUUUGAUCCGCACCCAAACGCUUGGCACCGAAUAAUCGACAUGCUAAUAGGACAAACAUUCAGCCAAAUCUGCAGCCGGGAGGAAGUAUAUAGAGCAUGAAGAUGCGGAGUUCAUAUUCUCUAAGGGAAUCACCUACUUCCUGCAGCUUCUGUCCUGGUGUCUUGGUUAUUGCAAUACAACAUGACUAUAGAAAAGCUCACAUACCGCAUCGCAUCCAUCCCGGGUGACGGGAUAGGCGAGGAAGUGGUGAAAGCGACCAUCGAAGUGGUCAAUAAGCUUGCCCAGAAGUUGAACACUUUCAACAUCGAAUUUACGCAUCUCCCAUGGGGAACGAACUACUACAAGCAGCAUGGUCGGUACAUGUCGGAAGGUUACUUGGAGACGGUGCGGAAGUUCGACGCAGGCUUGUUUGGCUCUGUGGGACAUCCAGACAUUCCCGACCAUGUCUCCUUAUGGGGUCUUCUAUUGGCCCUCCGCAGUCCAUUGCAACUAUACGCAAAUGUCCGUCCUGUGCGCACCUUUCCCGGAACCAAGUCCCCCCUAAACACGGCUGUGGAUGGCAUCGACUGGGUCCUUGUACGAGAGAAUUCUGAAGGAGAAUACUGUGGUCAGGGUGGACGUAGCCAUGCCGGCCAGCCAUGGGAAGCCGCGACAGAGGUGGCGAUGUUCACCCGAGUUGGUAUCGAAAGGAUCAUGCGCUUUGCCUUCGAAACAGCCCGUUCUAGACCGCGUCGUCAUCUUACCGUGGUUACGAAGAGUAACGCCAUGCGGCAUGGGAUGGUCCUAUGGGAUGAGGUCGCUGCAAAGGUUUCAAAGGACUUUCCGGAUGUCACCUGGGACAAGAUGUUGGUGGACGCUAUCACCAUCCGCAUGCUUACGAAGCCGCAGUCGCUUGACACUAUCGUGGGGACCAACUUGCAUAUGGAUAUUCUUUCCGACCUUGCAGCUGGUCUAGCUGGUUCGAUUGGCGUGGCACCAUCCAGCAACCUUGACCCUACCCGCAAGAACCCGUCACUGUUUGAACCAGUGCACGGAAGUGCAUUUGACAUCAUGGGCAAGGGUGUGGCCAAUCCGGUGGCCACCUUUUGGUCGGCUGCAGAGAUGCUGACAUGGUUGGGUGAAAGGGAUGCCGCGAAGAAGUUGAUGGACUGUGUCGAGAAGGUAUGCGCCGCUGGGAUUGUAACACCGGAUCUCGGAGGGACGUCGGAUACGCAGGGGGUCGUGGAUGCAGUUUGCAAGGAGAUUGAUCAAUUGGCUUCGCACAGAAGAACGUCUCCGGCAGCAAUUCAUCCAGUCGAACUUGAUUUCUCUUCCAUCUCCGGUCUUCAUCCUCGACGGAGACACCAUGAGCUUGCCAGAAUGGAGUCUUCGGACCUCACCAAUGGCGAGAUCGGUUCCCUGACCGCGCAUUCACCUGAUGAGAGUCAGUUUGUCGGUAGCUCCAGCGGAGUCUACUUCAUCAAAACCGUCCGACGGGCUUUCUCCGAAAGUCUAGAUCCGAGCGGCGCAUCGCCUGCGCAAGACUUUCCACACCCGGAGGAUACCCUGGUAGGUAGCGAAGACUCGCAUCAUCACCAUCAUUCGGUCUCUCGGUCCGCGAACACAUCCCCUGCUGCCCUGCAAGAUGACCAGUCUCCGUGCCAAUGGGCAUAUGACCCCGCAGUGGCAGCAGUCCUGGGCAAUGCUCCCCCGCUGGAUACAGCCCGCGAACUGAUGAUGAUGUACUUCAAAGUUUGGCAUCCUUUGUUCCCUUUCUUACAUGGCCCGACAUUCUUGCAGGCCAUGGAGGUGCUUUAUUCCGAAGAUCGUCAGGACUCGGCCCAUUCUUCAUCUCCAGACCACCGAAAUGCCUGCUGGACCACGAUCUUCCAGUGCGUUUUGAAUCUGGCUAGUCUUGUGCACCCAGACCUUCAUCUUCCUCUAGAGUCCCGGAUUGAGUCACCCAGCAACAUGCAUGCUCUUCUCGGGACUCUGACCAGUAGAAAUGAUCUCCUUUCUCUGCAAGCACUUCUUGCUUGCCAGCUCUACCUGGUUGCGAGAAUGUCCCUCCGCACAGCCUCCACUGUAGGUGGCUGCAUGCUCCGGUCCAUGCUGCACGCUGGCCUCCAUCGCUGUCCGUUCCGAUACCGGGAACUCACAUCCCAUGACAGACAGCUGCGGAAGAGGAUCUUUUGGUGCGCGUAUGCCAUUGAUCGAUACCUAAGCCAGGCACUCGGUUUGCCCUUAGGCGUCCAAGACUCCGACAUCGAUGUCUGUCUACCCGGCGCUCCAGAGACCCAUAUCCCAGGGAUGUACAACAGGGCCCAGAAUUAUCGACCUACCUUGUUCCCUGAACAAAGAGAGCACUAUCCCCACUCUUCGAACAACCAAUCUCUCGGAAAUGCCUCACAACGUCCCUCGCCAGCUGAAGAAACCCAGCAAAACCGCCGGGAACUCGCCUUUGCAAGCUACGUCGAGUCCGGCACCCUGACAGGCCGAGCCCUCGAGCUCUUCCACAAAUCCAUUUUCGUGCGCUCCGUCAGACGUAGCUCCGUGCUAUUUCUCAUCACAGAUGUCCACAAGUGGUGGAACAAUCUCGCCAUCGAGACUCUCCAAGGCCAAACAGCCGCGAACGCAGCCUCAUCAUCCCAAACAGCAACGACAACAACACCCAACGCAUUCAACUUCGCUCCUUUCUUCACCGUCCUCUACCAACAUCUCAUCCUCCUCAUCAACCGCCCCUCCCUCUCCCUCAACCCUUCAACACCCGAAUUCUGCUCAGGGCUCCAAACCUGCAUCAACGCCGCAAGGGAGAUCCUCUCCGCCCUAACCACGCAACAAGAAAGCGGCCAAUCCUUUUUUUGGCCUGGCUUCCUCUCUGCUGCCUGGAUGUCAGGACUCGUCCUUGCAUUUGCAUGUCAACUCCGCCAAUACGUUCUAUCCAAAGGAAUCCAAGAAAUAACCAAAUGUCUCUCCAUCCUUCACACCAUGUCCACGCAAUGGGAAACAGCCAAACACUGCUACAGGGCCCUUUCCCUACUAUCCCGAAACAUGCACGAGACUAAUGCUACAGGCGAACCCUCCCCCAACAAAAGACGAAAAGUAGAUUAUUCUUCCUCUGCCCGUCCUCGUAACUCACAAGAUCCCACCAUCACGAUCAUGACCGAUCACCUACCCUCAACUCACACGGGUCCUACUAGCCCGGGAGAGGAAGAACAAGAAGAACAUGCUAGACGAAGAAGGGACCACGGCGCAAAUACAACGACCAACAUAUACCACGAUAAUACUGCCGCUACUGGACAGAUUCCAGACUUGAACGAUGCAGAUUUUGAUUUCAAUAUCGUGGAUCUGCUACAGGGGAGUAAUUUUGAUGAUUUGACGGAUAUGUUUGGGCAGCAAUAUCCGACUUUCUGAGUUGGCGGCAGCGAGGAUGGAUGUAUAUCAUGUACAGCAAUCUUUAUAUACGAAAUAUAUCUAGGUUUAAGAUACGG